GCGAGUGUGUUUGCUUGCGUGUUGUUGUUUGUGUGAUAUUUGUGCUUGUCUCUGGGGAGAAGAAGGAGACUUCAUGUGCAAAUCUAUUUCAAGAGAGGAAGAGCAGGAUGUUAUGAAAUAUGUGCCAUUCCCGUCUUCUGUCCACCUCUCAUUAUUUAAACUCCCUAAUUGUAUUAACGCUGGAAGCACUGCGUGUGUGUUGUGCAUGUGAGAGGUGGGGGGGGGAGUCUUCUCCUUCUCCAUUUUAAUAAAAUGGACACUUUUUUUUCCUCGGUCGGAUGAGACACAUAAUGAUAAAGUUAGGUCUUGUUUCGCGGUGGAUGCCCUUUUAAAACAAAAAUAAAGGCUCAAAUCAGGGAAAUAACGAAACAUUAAUACUCAAUGAGAGGUGGACCUAUUUCUUUCUUCUUUUUUAAGUACUGAAUUCCUAUCGGUACGCUUGCUGUCUUCAGCUUUGUUUCUCCCUUUCUUUAUGGACCGAUUGUGCACAGACACGCAUUGAAACGAGGAGCUUGACGAAGGUUGCCUUCAUUCAGCACACGCACCCACAACGCACCCCAUGAAAUGCUACAGGAUCGGGCGGGGUGGGGGGCGGGCAGGCAACUUGUCCUUCCUUCCCGUGUGAGAGGCUCCUCGGAAGAGGAAUGCGGAUCUCUAAGCAGAAUAAUAGCAGGAAACGUGUAAAAAAAUGUGCCCUUUCACUUUCGUCUAAGGGGUGUGUGUGUGUGUGUGUGUGUGUGUGUGUGUGAUAGAUCGAGAGAUCGAUCCUUGGUGUUGUAUAACAGGUGUUCUCCUUGGGAGAUUAUCAUCAUGAGGCAUACAAGAUCCCCGACUAUAGUAAUGAUGUUAAUGGGGAAGCCAAAGAAGCGCAACAAUUUUAUUUAGGAGAUGAAAGCCGGGAAAUUAAAAAACAAAUUACAGGGAUGAGAAGAUUACUGAAUGACAGCGCUGGAAGAACAUAUCAGCGAGUUGGCAAAGAAGGAGAAAAACUGAAGGAAGAACCCCAGGACUUAGAUUUGGCCUGGGCUCAGCGCCUCAACCCCCCUGCAGAAACCCAGGCAAACCUCCACCCAACUCAGAGUGGUACUUGGAAUGAAUUAUCCCCCCAGAUAAGCCACUAUUCAGGGCAAUAUGGAACUCGGUCCAAAACCUUCCAGAAUCAAGCAAGAACCGUAGGUGCAAAUGGAGAAAUUCCAGUGGCUAAUACUUCCUCUGGCUCAAAUUGUUGUACUUGUAAUUGUCAACCAGCAUUACAAGCCAUUCUUCAGGAGCUUAAAACCAUGAGAAAGAUAAUGCAGAUCCAAGCAGUUGCUGCUCAGAACAGACAACCGCCCCCAGUUCCUCUGGUUUGCACACAGAAAUCAACACUUUCAAGAAAGAGAAAUAAAAAGAAAAAAAUACCUCCAAAGACUAUUGAACCUCUUACUGUGAAUAAAAAGCCCAGCGCUGCAGAGAAUGAGAAAAAGCUAUCAGCAAACUCUGAAAUUUCUAGUGCGGAAGCUGCUGAAUCAUCCUCAAAGUUGGAGUCACAGGUUUCAGGAUUUGGCAUUGUCCUUGAAUCUUCAUCUUCAGAUCCAGAAGUGCAACUUGCUGAAGGCUUUGACGUCUUUAUGCCGAAAUCACAACUGGACUCUAUAUUAGCAAAUUACACGCGUUCAGGAAGUCUGCUGUUUCGAAAGCUGGUGUGUGCAUUUUUUGAUGACAAGACCUUGGCCAACUCUUUACCCAAUGGCAAGAGGAAAAGAGGUCUCAAUGACAACCGAAAAGGACUAGACCAAAAUAUUGUGGGUGCAAUAAAAGUGUUCACAGAAAAAUACUGCACUGCAAACCAUGUGGAUAAACUACCCGGCCCAAGAGACUGGGUACAGAUUCUUCAGGAUCAAAUCAAACUGGCAAGAAGACGGUUAAAAAGAGGCUCAGUAGAGACAGCCGACUGUGAUGAGAAACUGGACCUUUCUCUACUACAAACAGGUAACCUCUUUGAAACCACACAUUCUGCACCAGAGUUUCACUAGCAGAUCCAGACAUCUUUACUUUUGAGCAGGACACCAGCAUUAUUUUCAGACUUCUUCAAUAUCUGUGUUCUCUAUCCUGGCCUCAAUCUUAAGUUUGUUCAUGCUUUUGUAACAUAGGGUAACAAAGCCACAAAAUUACUUGUUUCUUAUUUUAAUCAGAAUAGACUUGUUCAGCAAGGAUAUAGUGCAAUUAAUCUGAUAACCACUGAAAUAGAACAACUUUUGUCUUUAUGAUUGCAUUUCCCCACAUAAGUAUAUGCAUGCAUGCUGGCUGUUUGUUCCAUCUUUGAUUAAACAUUGAAACAUUAACAGAGUUAAGGGCCUCCCUUAGAAAGGUGUUCUGAAGGACCCCAUUUCAAAUUGGAUUCUUGUGCAGAAAUCAAAGGACUAAAAAGCUUCAAAGUUAAUGAAUCAUUAGUCAUCUGUUCUGAAGACCCUUCCCCUCCCCAUCUUUCCUUAGCCUUUGAUUUUCCUUCCUGGCAAAAGAUGGUAAAUUGCCAAGUAUUCUUCUCUGCAAAAGUUGUAAUAUGGUAUUUGACCAUAAGAGCCCCACUAAUUGAUGCUAAUAUAUUGCCUGGUGUUUUGUCCAGAACAAGUACAGUGGUACCUCGCAAGACAAAUGCCCUGCAAGACGAAUAUUGUGAAUAUUGUAGGCCAAGGAUGAAGGAAAUUGGCCCAGAAUCUGCAAAUUAAUUUCCACGACAGAUUUGUUUUUUGAAAUUUCAGAUAGAUGACCAAACAUCCUCUGGGUCAAGCUCCACACACUCCAUUGUAAUCAGAUAUAUUAAUAUUCUAUCAGAUAUAUUAAUAUUUGUUAUCCCCUGGAUCAUGGGUGGUACUGGGAAAGAGAGGCCAGUGUACAAAAUAUGAACCCUAAAUCAUAUUAAUAUAUAUAUAUAAUCCCAUCUUAUCACUUGCCAGUUAACUAAUAUUUAUAUUAAAUUCCUUCCAAAACGUAUAUAUUUAUCGCCAUUGUGUAUUGAUCUCCUUACCUCAUUCCUCAGAGUUAAAAAUAAUGCAAGUGUUCUGCUCCCUGCCAAAUAUUUUUGGCUUAUUUUAUAUUUCUGCUUUCAAAAGGAAACUUUGACAUGGAUGUUCAUGAAUUUAUACACUGGUCUUUAAGGUUAUUAACCACAAAAGCCCAUAAUAACAACUGAAGAUAUGGUUUAUGUAUUCUUGUUACCUUUUGAAGAAUCGGGCUUCUGUCCUAGUCUGUGUAUGAAAAGGUCAUACUUCCAAUGAAGGAUUAAUGAAUGUUAUAUAAUGAAAAUUUCAUAGUCAUCUUAAGCACACCAGAAGACACUGCUGUAGAUGUUUAUGCAGAAUCUUUUGUGUUUGUUCAACUCAGGCUGAAUAACUACUUCUACUGCAGUUUAACACUUUUAUGGAAUUUUACACAUAAUGUGUAAUUAUUACACAUGGAAUUGUUGAAAUGUGGCUGUGUUCUCUUGAUGACAAGAUAAACCUGACUUGCACUGCAGUCUUUAAAAAGUACAUUUUCUCCUUAGAGAUGGAAAGGAUUUAGAGACUGUUCCCUCUGGAACAGAACUACUUAGUCUCCCCAGUAAAUCUACAAAGAAGGCAUACAUAUUGUAACAGUUAACCAACAAUCAGCAUUCUUUUAAUAAAUCUUAAAAAUAAUAGUAUUCUUGUCUACUUACUGUGACUACUGUUCAAAUUUUUUUCAGAAGUCUUUUUAUAGGUUUUAUUAGGAAAUCAUUCCAUAUUUAGGUAAAAAAAAAAGUACCAGUAUCUCAAUCUUAUGUAUAUAAGUUUUAUUAAUAUGUACAUAUUUAGCUAUUUUUUAAAUUACUAUGUUCUUAAUAAAACCAACAAGGGACUAGUUGUGAAUUGGUGCAUAAGAUUGUGUUGUGUUAUCAAUCUCUGGGAAUCUGUCAAGUUCAGAAAAAAAAACACAAUAAAUUACUCUAAUUCAACAAGUGUGUCUGGUGUGUGUGCUUUUCAGACAUAGUUCAGAAAAGAUUGCAGUACAAAGUAAUUUGUCCAAAAAGCCUGAACCAACUUUGAGCAAUACUCGAGCAGCCACAGUAUUGCUCAAAGAUGAUACUUAAGAACUAUCUAUUUUAUAUAUUAUUGUUUUUUCUCUCUCUUUUGCUGGUCUACGACCGUAAUAAAGAUAUUAAGAUAUCUCUGACUAUUUACAUCACUGUUGAUAACCAUACUGCAAACGGAACAUUAGAAUUUCUGUCCCUGGACAAAACUUUGCAAUGGCCUUCAUUGUCAUUGUAGAAAAGCAACUAUAUUUCAGUAUAUCAGCCUCUGCAUUACCUCUAUCUAUCUCACUGAGUGAGGCCUCAAUCCUGUCCUUACUUGCUUGUAAGCAAGGCCUGCUGAAAUCAGCAGGUCUUAUUUGUGAGUAAACAUGGAUAGGAUCAUGUGUAGAAGUACUACAUACACUUUGUCAUAUGCUUAUAGAGAUGACAAUGGAUUCCUUUGUGUGUAUAAGAUAAUAAUGUGAUCUAUAUACUGUAUUAAACUAAAUGUUCUAAUGCCCAUCCUAUAUAACUUGGACACUUUUUUUUAGAAAGAUACAUGGGAUUCAUAUUUUGUUUGCCUAUGCUUUUUCACGUUAUGGUAAACUGAUGGCUUGGCAUUGUAGUAAAGUGUAUGCAGAACCUCCUUGGCUGUUCAGGAGUUAAUGGUGUCUGGGAAUCUGCAUCUGUUUGUGUUCCGCCAUGAUGGCUGUCUCUGUUAUGAUGCUCCAUCUCCUGGGAUUAACUGUAUAUCCUAAAAAAUAAAGAUUGUUUCUGUUCUCCAACCCCCCUGCCCAGGUAUGAAGAACAUUCUCAAAAACACAUUGCAGCAGCUAUUGGAAGUUAUCUGUAGGGGGAAAACAUCUGUCUGGAGCUGAGAAAAGGAAGCAGAUAAUUUUUAACAAGAAAGGAAAUGGGUAUCCAUUUUGUCCAAUGUUCAAUUACACCACAGCUAGAAGAAAUAAAAAUAGUGGGUGUAUUAAGCAGGAGUCACUAUGGUUGGGAUACUGGCAACCCCACACAAAACCAAAACUAGAAUGUGUGAGGGGAUCAAAGGAACAGGUUUUGAGAAAGGGAUACUGCAUUUGUGGCUGAGGCAUAGAAUUUUGCUCCUGCUUGACAGGGUUUAUUUUUGUGUUAAAAUAAAUAAGCAAUAACUCCCUGUAGAAUGUCUGUUGCCAGGCUAUAUCAUUCCAGAUUGAAUAUGGAAAACAAUAAUAAUAUUUGAAUUUCUAUUUCGCCUUUCAACCCUGAAGUUCCCAGGGUAGUACCUAAUACACUACACAAAACACAGAGAGAGCAGAGAACCAAACUUUCAGACAAUCCAGCAGCAACCCAGCUCUCAAUCGGCCCGAGAAAACAAAUGUGUGUCCAGUCAACGCCUAAAAGCAAAGAACACUGGGAACCAUCAAAUUUAUGUGGUGAGGAAAUUCUACAUCUGGGGUGCCAUAACAAAGGAUGUGCCACUGCCCCACAAACUGGAGUUGGAGGGAACGAUGAGCUGCUCUGCUCCCACAAACCUUAAUGCAUGGGGUGGAAAGUAAGGGGGUGGGGGAGGAGUCCAUAUAUUUGGGUCCUGGGCUGUGUAAGGCUACAUGGAACAAAGCCCGAAAUGCUUAUAACCUAGAGGUCGGCAACCUCUGGGCCAUGGAUGCCGUUUAUCCGGCCCAUGGGCCGCCUGUGAACCGAGCCGCCCGCUCAGCGAG